AUGUUGACUAGGCGCUUUUAUUCGUCGGCGAAAAAUUUGCCGAAAAUUCAACAUUGGAAAAUUUGCGAUGUCUUGUCGAAUGAAGACGCAUUGGAGCUCGAAUAUUCUCUGGAAGGAAAGUCAAAAAAUGUGAUAAUACCAUUUGUUUGGCUUCGAGAUCAUUGCUCUUCCACGAAAUACUACAAUUAUCCGACAAAUCAGCGAAAAUCAAAAUGCUUAAAUAUUCUUGAGGAAUCGCUUGUUAAAAAGCUUAACGUUGGCACUGACAACCUUGAAAUUAAGUGGAAAGAUGGGCAUGUUUCGACAUUUGACAUUAAAACACUUUUGGAAAAGUGUAUUAAAGCGAAAUUUGUGAAAUCGAAUUUUAUUUCCCUAUGGGACAAUACUUUAGAAGAUAUUCCAAGGUCUGAUAGCAAAUUUUUGAAAUUCUCCGAGUUUGCUGAAAAUCUCGUUCGUUAUGGUGUUGUGAUAGUGAAUGGGGUGAAGCAAACCGCCGAAGACACUGAAGAAUUGUGUAAAAGCCUUGUUCCGUUCCAUGACACGUUUUUCGGCCAAUUCUGGACAUUCAGCAAUGCUUCAAAUGAAGAAUCCGUGACGCAUGAAGAUACCGCUUAUGGAAAUGAGGAAAUCGGACCUCAUACUGAUGGAACCUACUUUGACCAAACUCCAGGAAUUCAGGUGUUCCAUUGCCUUCAGCCGGCCGAAACCGGCGGAGACACAAUUCUAGUUGAUGGUUUCAAUUGCGCCGAGAUUCUUCGCAGCAAAUCUCCCGAAUAUUUCAGCAUUCUCGCCAAUUUCAGAAUUUCUCAUCACUAUUUGGAGGGAAACCCUCCAGGAAGUUCGAUUCAUAGUUUAAGCGCUGAAAAACCCGUCAUCGAAUUGGACUCACAAGGGAAUUUAAAGCAAAUCAGAUUCAACCCAUAUGAUCGCGCGCCAUUCGAUUGUCUCGCCUCUGCCGACGGCGCCGCGAAAGCGUUGCAGUUCUACAAAGCCUAUGAGGAGUUUUCGCGAAUCUGCCACGAUCCCGCCAACAGCGUUCGCUUCUCGCUGACGCCGGGCUCGGUGAUAUUCAUCGACAACCAUCGCGUUCUUCACGCACGCACCCAAUUCUACGGCACACGCAAAAUGUGCGGCUGCUAUUUGUCGCGCGACAAUUUCUACGCGAAAGCGCGUCCGUUUCUCGUCGAGAAUUGUCGAAGGCACAUCGAAUAA